GUUUGGGUGUAGGGUGGAACAUUAGAAACAUUAGGUGAAAAGUUCAUGCUCAAUGCUGGGAAGUCAUUCAGCUGUAUGGUUGCCUCUGUAACACUUUGCAAGAAUGACCUGAGUUGUUUGCUUUGCACUUACUGCCACAGGAAAUAUGGCUCGGCACGAGGAGAGGAAAAAGUCCUUCUGGCAGAAGCUUUGCCCAUGUUGCUGCGGAGACAAAAGCCAAAAUAAUCAAGACAAUCCUAUGAGACCAGUAGUUAAACCUGAUGGACCCCCUACUUCUCCUUUCCCCACACCUUCUCCUACACCUUCCAUAGGGGGAGCACUGAAGGUUGAAAGUGUGGAUCUGUUGAAACAGCGUGGAGGAGAAACACGCAGAGCUCACCAUACCGAUGAAUUUGAAUAUGAUGAGCUGAUUGUGCGUAGAGGUCAGCCCUUCAAAAUUUGUGUUACUUUCCAGAGAGCAUUCAACCCCAAGAGUGAUCACAUCUCUGUUGUGCUGCAAAUGGCAAAUUCUCAGCCAAUCACCCUUCAACAAGUUAAUGAAUUUGAUGAAAGUAAUUGGGGAUGUCAAGUAGCCGAGGUCAGUGGUUGUAAUGCAUAUCUAUGGUUGAACACAUCAGCUCAGGCUCCGGUGGGACUUUACCAAAUGAAUGUGAAGACUAACAGCGGAGGAGAAUCAAACUCCAAUCUCAAAGUCUAUAUCCUCUUCAAUGCUUGGUGCCGGAUGGAUUCAGUCUUCUUGGAUAAUGAAGCAUGGCGUCAGGAGUACGUGCUUAAUGAGAUUGGCAGGAUAUAUUAUGGCACUGAAAAUCAGAUUGGAGAACGAUCCUGGAACUAUGGACAGUUUGAUAAAGGAAUCCUUGAUGCCUGCCUCUUUCUGUUAGACCGUGGUCGUAUAGCACCUGGUUCACGAGGAGAUCCCAUAACUGUCACCCGAGUCGUUUCCGCCAUGGUAAAUUCAAUGGAUGACAAUGGUGUGAUUGCAGGAAGCUGGUCUGGAAAUUAUGGAGAUGGAGUAAAUCCUGUUGCCUGGGUUGGAAGUGUAGACAUUUUACUCCGAUAUCACCAAACUGGAAACCCAAUUAAAUAUGGACAGUGCUGGGUGUUUGGUGGUGUCACGACUACAGUCCUACGAUGUCUUGGAAUUGCUGGACGAACCAUAACCAAUUUUGCAUCUGCUCAUGAUGCUGAUGGAAACCUCACAUUUGAUAUCUAUUUUGAUGAGAACAUGAAGCCCAUUGAAGAAAAGAACUGUGACUCGGUCUGGAAUUACCAUGUGUGGAAUGAUUGCUGGAUGACACGCCCAGACCUGCCUGCAGGAUAUGGUGGUUGGCAGGCAAUUGAUGCUACCCCUCAGGAAACCAGCAAUGGCAUUUACUGCUGUGGUCCUUGCCCUGUACUUGCCAUAAAGAAUGGACAGACCAAUAUAAAAUAUGACGCACCGUUCAUCUUUGCUGAGGUAAACAGUGACAAGAUCUGCUACCAGCGAAUGCCAAAUGGUCAAUUUAAGAAGGUUCUCGUGGAGGAGAGAGCAGUUGGUCACUGUAUGAGCACCAAAGCAGUUGGCUCUUUUGGACGGGAGGACAUUACUUACCUGUACAAGUACCCAGAAGGAUCAGCAGAAGAGCGUAACUCAGUGAGAAGUGCUGCAGGCUAUUCAAACAAACCAAUGGCGUCUGUGGAUGCUGAAGGAACAAGUGAUGUGGUGAUGACUGUUGAGUCACAGGAUGGUGUCAUCAGGGGAAGUGACAUCAAUAUCCGAGUAAUACUGAAAAAUAACAGCAAUAGUCGACGAUGCGUGUCCUUGUCCAUGGCUGUUGGUGUCAUGUACUACAAUGGAGUUUGCAAAGAAUCAUUCAAAAAUGAGACCAAAGAGGUGUUAGUGAAUCCUGGAGAAGGAAAGGCAGUUGGGAUGCUGAUUAGUUAUGCAGAGUACAGUAAGCAUUUAGUGGAUCAGGGCGCCAUGAUGCUCACUGUGUCUGGAAUAGUAAAAGAGACGGGUCAGAGACUUGCCAAACAGCACACAUUUAGAACAAGGACUCCAGAUCUGGUCAUCAAGGUCCAGGGAGAUGCUAUCGUUGGUCAACAGAUAGUGGCAGAAGUUGUAUUCAAGAACCCACUUAACACAACUCUACACAAUGCUGUGUUCCAUGUGGAAGGGCCAGGUCUGCAGAGGCCCAAGGUUAUACCAUUCGGUAAUAUUGAGCCUCUCCAGACUGUAACCGUCACAGAGCACUUCACACCUAGACGUCCUGGUCCUCGACAGUUUAUCGCCAGCUUGGAGAGUAACGAAUUGAGCCAAGUACAUGGAGUCAUAGAAGUAGUUGUACAAUCCUCCUAAACCAAAGCAGUGCCCAUUCAGCACCAAUGCAGAACAGAGUCAUAGCUAAUCCAGAGCCAAUCUGCACUAUUAAUUCAGUAUUAUUAGGUGAUACAGGUGCAACACAAUGACCUCACACUUUUGUAUUAAAUGUGGAAAAUGCCAAACGAUAACAAGUGACUUUAUCAUGUUAAAGAUGAUAAUCUUAUGUGACAUCAAACUCAAUGUUCAGAUUUUUGCCAUAUAGACAGGUUACCAGACUUCAUUCACUAGAAGGACUGCAACUGUUUGCUCAGUAAACUAACUGCAAAGAAUAUCUUAGGGAUACGUUGCAUCUCUGUCCCAUAAGGCCCAGUCCAGAAAAAAUGAUAGAAAUGAAAUGUAUUCUGGAAUUCCAUGGGUCCACGGAGUUAGUCACUCCCUAUCAGAACUAAUUAUGAUAUAAUAAAGCUUGUAAAGCAAACCUGCAGUCUAUGCUGUAUGGCUGCUAAGACAAAGAUAGCUUUUUGCCAGAAAGGCCAGAUAUGUUCAAUGAGAUAUACAGCACUUGGCUGCAGGUUAUGUGAAAAGGGUGUUUAUUCCCCAACUCUCAAGGUAAAACAGCUUUUUGGAUUCAACUCUGGACUCACAAGUCAGAUCUGCUUUUUCCUCCAUCCCCUAUCCUCCUCUUAUGGCUUUCUUAAAAACAUUAUUGAUGUCACAGCUUUAUUUGAUGGUUUGCAACAAGGUCAAAAGAAAUGUAUUUCAUGUUUGGCGAAGCUCAGUAGCUUAAUAGUCAGUAGCUGAUGGCAAUCACAGGCUUUCAAGAUACAGCGUCCUGUAUUCAUUAUGCAAUACUUGGUCACUGUACUUAAAUUUAUAUAGAGUGAUGUCCCAUUUCAGCACAUAAACUUUGUUAAUAUACGAUGCAGAUACAUUAAUACCACCGGUUCUGCAGUAUGACUGUUGUUCUUAACUGUGAUCAAAGAAAGUAAAUAUUUAUAGGUAAUGUAUAUUGGCAUAUGUACAGUCAGUUUAAGGGAAAUGAAAGCCUGUUUAAGUCUGGACCUGGCUUCAACUGCACAUGCUCCAGGUCAUACUCACCAAUAAGAGUACCUGAAAUUGUGCCAGCCAACCCUGCUGCCUUACUCUCCUUUUUAUAACUAAGUACAACAAGCUGUGAAGUUUUGGGGGUCCCCAGUGGUGUGGUUCACAAGGGGGAAGGAAGGACUCUGGAGGAGGGCAAGGUAUUAACCAGGCUUUCAUUCACCUGCCAACUACCAAUGCAAACUUUUUUGUUGUUUUGUUGUUGUUAUUUUUUUUAAAAAAAGAUCAUGAAUGUUGCGCUUGCCAUUUAUGUUUGUUUUACAAAGCAGGGCAACCAUUUCCUAGUGGUGGGGCCAAGGAUUGUCCCACCUGUGGCCCUACAGCUGUAACAGUCGUUCUUAAACUGAAUGGUCGCAGAUUGGACCCCACUGAAAUAAGGUGUUACAGUCUCCAUCUUGCCAAGCUAUACAUAUAUAUACAUAUAUAUAUAUUGGCAGUCGCCACCUUUGGACCAGUUUGUAAUUUACAAUUUUGUAACACUUGUAAUAAUGAAAUUGGAGAAAAUAUCUUCUUGAGAAAUUACAAGAAAGUUCAAGAUUUGUAUUCCUUUUUCUAAAUGUUCCUACAGUUUCCUAGAUUUAAGCUUUUGUGAGCACGACAUUCUCCUUGAAUUAUGUAACUGAUUUUCCCUCCAAUUGGCAAUGUUACUGUAUAUUUGUUGCACUUUAUAGUGGACAAUAAUGUGCUUUUUCCCAUCAGCCAUUGUGCUUUCCUGCAAGGACCCAUUGUAGCCAGUAAAGGCCCUACAGGUGAUGGGAAAUAAACCCUUAGAUUGAAUGUAUGCACUUGUUUAGCCCUCUUUAAUUCUGAAAAUCAAAUAUAUAUUUUAAUGUUUUAAUAAAUAUUUUUUUUAAUAUUAAAA